UCUCUUUCAUUCCUCAUCAACUUACUUCCAAAUUUUUUUCUUUUUCUACUCUCUCUUAUUCUAGUCCCUUUAAGUAUAAUAUAUUAUUAGUAAUGAGUAGUAAUAAUAAUAAUAAUAAUUUAUCAUCAAAUGAAGAUGAAUUAUUUGAAUUAAGAAGAGGUCCAUGGACACUUGAAGAAGAUAAUCUUCUUAUUCAUUAUAUUUCUACUCAUGGUGAAGGUCGUUGGAAUGCUUUAGCAAAAUGUGCUGGAUUGAAGAGAACAGGAAAAAGUUGUAGACUAAGGUGGCUGAAUUAUUUAAAACCAGAUAUUAAACGUGGAAAUCUCACCCCACAAGAACAACUCUUGAUUCUUGAACUUCACUCCAAAUGGGGUAAUAGGUGGUCGAAGAUUGCUCAGCAUUUGCCAGGAAGAACGGACAACGAAAUAAAAAAUUAUUGGAGAACAAGGGUGCAAAAACAAGCAAGACAACUCAAAGUUGAUUCAAAUAGCAAGAAGUUUGUUGAAGCAAUAAAGAAUCUAUGGGUACCAAGAUUACUUGAAAAAAUGGAACAAUGUUCUUCAUCAUCCACCAUUGACAAAAAACAAAAUAUUAAUAAUCUUUCAUUUCCAAAUUUACCCUUAAUCAACAAUCAAGAAUCAUGUACAAAGGACAACAAGUCAUCACAUGAUGAUGAUAAUACUAAUACUAAUAGUAAUAGUAAUAAUAACAACACAACAUGGGGUUCACUAGGAAGUUCAAUGAAUGAAAAUUUCAAUAUUUGCAACAAUUCAAUGCAUCAAGAUGAUGAGUGUUACUAUGUGGAGAAUAAUUUCAACCAGCAGCCACAACAUUUUUCAUAUCAAGAAAUGUCAAUAUCAGAAUGUGAUGAGGUGGCAGAAGCUGAUUGGUUUACUAAUGAAGGAUCAUUGUGGAACAUGGAUGAGCUUUGGCAAUUCAAAAAGCUAGGAGAUGUAGAUAUUUGAAGGAAGUCUUAGCUUUAUAUCAGUUUGAUAAUGAUGCCUAUAUGCUAUGGACUAUGGUUAUUAAGUAGUUUUUAAAAGUUUUGAUUAUGACUUUGAUCUCAUAGUUUUAGCUCUUAAGUAUAGUACUUGAUGUACAAAUGAAAUAUAAAAAUGACUACAAAGUGUUGCUUUUCUUGUUUAUAUAUAUAUAUAUUUUUUCCU